CGAAGCCGAGCCACCCCCCCACCCGCUCGGUUCGAAACGCGAUACGAUUGCGCCACACGAACGAGUGACUUAAAUUCGCCAAUUUGACCGUAAAUGUUGCAUUUUAAUACGUGUGAAAAACGCGGCUCGGUCGACGGCCUCCCCUUUGUACUCAACCAACGACGCUGGGAACGGGACGGACGAGGUCGGCCAUAGCCGUAUUUCUUAUCCUCUGCGGCUGGGAGGAGAGAGACUUGUGGAGCCACGGACUACCGACUACCGAACUCCUCGGUGAAUCCGCCUUCCUCGUCGUCGCUUUUCGGCUCGACUAAAAGGAGCCCCGCGACGCCUCAGGGUUGAGUUUUGAGCCUCGUUGUCUUUUUUCUUCUUUCCCCGGCCGGCCAUUUGGAGCUUGUGACGACUAAGAAAAUAAUAACCCACAAAUGAAUGGAGACAUGGAGGCAACAUCCCAACACCAAGUGUGGGCGCAGGAUGACCUCCUCCAGUUGCUGGAGUCCAUGAAGUUGGCACUGCCGCAGAAGGACCUGACCAAGUACAAGACUUCAGAGUCCCACCUGGACUGGCAGAAGGUGGCCUUUAACUCCUACACGGCUGAGAUGUGCAAGCUGAAGUGGCAGGAGGUCUCCAAAGAGAUCCGUAAAUUCCGGACCCUCACAGAGCUGAUAUUUGAUGCUCAGGACUACAUCAAGAACCCAUAUAAAGGGAAGAAAAUAAAGAAACAUCCAGAUUUCCCCAAGAAGCCCCUGACGCCCUAUUUCCGCUUCUUCAUGGAGAAGCGGGCCAAGUACGCAAAGUUGCAUCCAGAAAUGAGUAACUUGGAUCUGACCAAGAUCUUGUCCAAGAAGUACCGCGAACUGCCGGACAAAAAAAAGAAAAAAUAUGUGGAGGACUUCUUAAGGGACAAAGAGGUGUUUGUGCACAGCAUGAUGAGGUUCAGGGAAGAACACCCGGAUCUUAUGGAGAGCAUGACCAAAAAAGGCUCAAAUGUUCCAGAGAAGGCCAAAACGCCCCAGCAGCUGUGGUACAACCACGAAAAGAAGGCUUUUCUCAAAGGCCACCCAGACGCCACCACCAAGGACAUCAAGGACUGCCUCGGCAAGCAAUGGACGCAGUUGUCGGACAAGAAAAGACUCAAGUGGAUCGCCAAGUCCCUGGAACAGCAGAAGCAGUACGAGGAAACAAUGCGCCAGUACAUCCAACAACAUCCCGAGAUGAACCUGACGCAGGGUGACAUUGUCAGGUCCACGCUUACCAAAGCCGAGAGGCACCUGAAAGACAAAUCUGACGGGCGUCCUGACAAAUCUCCGCCGAACGGUUACUCCAUGUUCUGCGCUGAGCUGAUGUCCAGCAUGAAGGACGUGCCCAGCACAGAGCGCAUGGUGAUGUGCAGCCAGCGCUGGAAGCUGCUCAAGCAAAACGAGAAGGAUGCAUACCAGAAGCGCUGCGAGCAGAGGAAGAAGGAGUAUGAAAUUGAGAUGAACAGAUUCCUCAGCAGUUUGUCUGAGGCGGAGCAGCAGAGAGUCCUGUCCGAGGAGAAGGUGGGCUUUAAGAGGGGCAACGUGGCCAACAGCCCCGCGUCCAAAAAGAAGAACUCCAAAGCUAAGGCCAACCCGGAGAAACCCAAGCGGCCCAUCUCGGCCAUGUUCAUUUUCUCUGAGGAGAAGCGUCCCAAGCUGCACCAGGAGCGUCCGGAUCUCUCCGACAGUGAGCUUACGCGGAUGCUGGCGCGCAUGUGGAACGAGCUGCCGGACAAGAAGAAGGAAAAGUACAAACGACUGGAGGCGGUCCUGAAGGCCGAGUCAGAGAAGAAGGAGGACCGCAGUCUGCCCGACCCGCCCAAGACUGCGCAGGACAUCUGGCAGCACAGUGUCAUCGGAGACUACCUGGCCAAAUUUAAGAACGACCGUCCCAAGGCUCAGAAGGCGAUGGAGGCUACAUGGAGCACCAUGGAGAAGAAGGAAAAGAUCAUGUGGAUUAAAAAGGCAGCAGAAGACCAGAAAAGAUAUGAGGUGAGACGGCGGUGCGCUGACCUCAGCCUGGUCGCAGCUUCUGAUGCGACGGCGGCUCACCACCAUUUUGUCUGUGGUCCACAGAGAGACCUGUGCGAAAUGCGUUCGCCCGUCGCCACCGCCGUGGCCUCAGGGAAGAAGAUGAAGUUCGAGGGUGAACCCAAGAAGCCCCCAUCAAACGGGUACCAGAAGUUCUCUCAGGAGAUGCUGUCCAACGGCGAGCUCAACCACCUGCCCAUGAAGGAGAGGAUGACGGAGAUCGGCAGCCGCUGGCAGAGGCUGCCUCUUAAGGACAAGGACCGCUACAAAAAGAUUGCUGAAGAGUUGCAGAGGCAGUACAAAGUGCUGCUUGAGCAAUGGCUGGCUAGUGUAUCUUCUCAAGUCAGGAACUCCUACAAAGAGUACAACUCUCAGAAGAGGAAAACCCCAGUGAAAUCAGGAGGCCCCAAGGCAAAAGUCAAGAAAUCCGACACUGACGAGGAUGACGACGAUGAUGAUGACGACGACGAUGAUGACGACGACGAUGAAAAGGACAGGGCUUCCUCUGAAGCGGCCUCUUCCAGUGAAGAUGAUGACAAGGACGAUGAUGAGGACGAUGUGGACGACAAGGAGAACAAGUCCGAAGACAGCAGCAGCGAGUCCAACUCGGACGGCUCGUCAGACUCGGACUCUGACUGAGGGACGGUGGCGGCUGCGAGGGGGAGCGGGGGGCGUGACCGCCGUAACGGCAAGACAGACCAAGCUGAGCCACGGGGGUUCAUUCAGGAGGGGGGAGCUCUGCCACUGUGCCAACCCCUGCCAACACCUCCUCAAUUUCACCCCCCCCACUUUUGUUGUUGUUCUCUUCAGCCCCUCGCUGAGUUUUAGUUGGACUCGCAUCCCACUGGUUUGGCGAUGUUCCGAACUGGCGCACGCUUUAUUUUUAUUUUUUUUUAGUUUUAAUACAAUGUUGCCCGUUUUAUUUGAUUGUUCCGCAGGGACGAGCCAGGCUUCUUACAGCCAAAGAACACAACGACCGGGUGGGACACUCUUAAGCAGGAAGAAGGGGUGGGAAGGAUGCGAGGGUGUUUGUACUGGAAAAAUUGCACUCUUAAGAAUGUUUCCUUGUUCAUACUUUUUUUCCCUCUUCUCUUUCUCUGCUUCUGAUUUUAUUCCGUUCAGUUCUUAAAGAGGUGGUAUUUUUUCAGAUAUUAAAAAAAAAACAAGAAGCCAUGAUGAAUGUUUUUUUUGUUGUUGUUGUUAUUGUCAUUGGUCUGGGACGUCAUUUAAAAUGCUGCAGUGCACAUAUGUUUUGAACCCCCCUUUUUUUUUCUUAUUUUUUUUUUUUAUCAGAUUCGGCAAUUGAUUGGGCACCAUUUUAUGACUUGAAACAGAGUUCCGUAGUUGCAACACUUGACAUCGCGCCUCCUCACAAAUAGACAUUUACGUGCAGUGUGUUACAUUUGUAAACAAAGAAAAAAAUAUUCAUGGGAGGGUGUUUAAAUGCUUUUUUUAAAAGAGGCACUGCACAUUUUAUUUGAGGUUCGUUGUUCAUUUUCUGUCCAAACAACAAAUAAACCAGUUUGUUGUGCAACACUCAUGAUGUUCCCUCCACAAUUGUUUUAUUAAAAAAAAUAUAUUUUAUUGGCUCAUUAUAAUGGUAUUUGAUGCUUGUGACCUUCCCUAAAAUCUGCACUUAUUAGUAGAUGAUGACACAAACUACAUAAUGAAUGUACAUAUGAGACAUUUUUGCUUGGUGAUGACACACGCCAUGACUGACAUUAGUUACAAUAUUCUGUUUGUGAGGGAUUGACUUGUGACUGAAGCAAAGUAAGAAGGGAGGGAAAAGCUUGUAUUAUUCUUGUAAAUAUUUAAUUUUUUAUGGAGUGUUUUUGUUUUCCUCCCUGUCGCUUGGUUGUUUUGUUUUACUUUAGAGGGAGAGAUGUUUAAAAGAGCAAAAAAAAAAAAAAAAAAAAAAAGCUUUACAAGUUUGUACUGCUGAACAUUUGAGAAACAAUGAUAUUGAUGUUUUCUAUAGCGGAGGGUGUUAUUAAGAUGAUGUCCUUGUAGUUCCAAGUAUUUGGGCAAAUAAACAAUCUUGAACAAUU